CGUAGACUUCUUAGGGAGUGCGGGACCAAAGACCGGGGAAGAAGAAACCGUUUUCUUUCAAAGUCUGAAAGAGUUGAAUGGACACCUAGAGAGAUUUUCCAAUGAGAGUUGGAAAAGCCCGCCACCGGGGAGCGGUGGGCCCGGUGGGCGCGGUGGCGCUGUGGGCGUGUUUGGAGCUUGGGGAAACCUGGCGGUCGACGCAGACUGCUCAUGGGCGGUUGGCGCUUUGUGACGGCCACAUUGUUCCAGGUCGCAGCAAGUCGCGACGAUGCCUGUGUGCAAGCAGACCUGCUGUGGCAUGGAGUGCGGGAGUCACUGUUCACAGCCACCAGAGUGAGAGCUCCGCCCUACAAAAAAGCUUGGAAUCACAGGCUUCUGACAGAUUUGGUGCGCCGUGUGCCCAGUGCUGGUGAUGGUGCGUGGAGCAGACUCAGUGUCACCACCUGCUCACUGGGGGAAGUAGCUCUUCUGCUUGCAAACUUUUUGCAAUCAGGAGACAGGGUUCUCUUGGAAAUGGCCUUGAUCGCAUUGCGGAAGUGGCCGGUGUCUCGCAUCAUGGCAUCCACCUGGCCCAUCUUCGGCUUGCUGGCCCACGCCCAAGAGGUGUUGAGGUACGCCGGGGACGACAGCUUCGCCGCGGUGUGCGCUGAUGCGGCGCCUCUGGCUCUUGCGCUCACCCGCUGGGCGCAUGAGGAUGAGGAUGAGACUGGUGUGAGUCAUGUCCCAGGCAACGGCACGGGGCUCAGGGAGCUGCGUUUGCGCCUGGCCGCGGGCGGAGCAUUGGCUUCGAGGUGCCGUUCUGACGUGCGUGCCACUCUGAGCGCCAGAAUGUUGGGGCUGCACCAUGACGACUACGACUCGCUGCUGCGCCAGGGCUCCUGGCCAUGGCUGCUCUUCCGCACCAAGUGGCCGUUGGUGCCGAUGCUGCAUCGACAGCAGCUGGACGGCCGCGAGGCGGCCUGUUCUCAGGCGUCGCCUGGAUCCUAUGGGGUGCUGACCCGCGCCUCGCCCGUGAGCAUGUGGAUGUGCACCACCCGGACGCUCGAGCGGGAGCACCACCGCUGGAUCACCGAGGGCCACUUCGACGACUGCACGCACAUCGCCCAAACCGCCAAGGCGAUUCUCCGAGGCGCGUGCCGCUUCGUGGACGUGGGGGCCAACAUGGGCUGCGUCUCGCUGUUCCUGGCGCAGCUGCUGCCAUCCUUGGAGGUGGUGUCCGUGGAGCCGAACCCCCGCCUGGCACGACAGCUGCGGGGGGCCGUGGCCAAGAACCAGCUGACUCGGGUCUCGGUGGUGGAAGCCGCGCUGGGCGCGGCCCAAGGCUCCGCGGUACUGAGCUGCCCUGCUGAGAACAGCGGCAUGUGCACGGUGGCCGUGGACCACCCGUCGGCUGCGAAGCAGGAAGUGGAGCAGCUGAGCUUGGAUGCCUUGGUGCGCGAGCGACCUCCUGGCUCCGAGUCAAAUCUUCCGCUCUGCGGAGUGAAGAUCGACGUGGAGGGCAACGAGGAGGAGGUGCUGCGUGGCGCCAGUGCUGCGUUGGCCCAGAAGCCCCCGAUCUUCCUCGACAUCCACGAGGAGAUGCUGCGCAGGGCUGGCACCAGCCCGGCGGCGGUAUGGGACUUGAUCAGCGGCUACGGGUAUCAACAGCUCGCGGACUACUCAGAGCUACACUGCCUGCAUGUUGGCUUAGGCCGAUGGGAGGAUUUCAGAUGGCAAGGACCGGACCUGGAGAUUUUGUCGACCGUAGCCCUGCCUCAUGAUGCGGACGCGUGUGCUUGCCACUUCUCAUGCGCCGAGCAGAUGCCGCGUGGCUGCCGCUGCUGGGAGUUUGGACCCUCCAAGCAGUGCCAUCUCUACCGCCGCUGCCCGAGGGGCUGGGCGGAGGAGCGGUGCAAACCGGCCGGGCUUGAGGAGGCGCCCGGCUGGUGGGCCAACGACCUCUUCGGCCGCUGGCUGGUGACGUGAAA